CAGGUAUGAUCCGGCCGGUGCGCCGUAGCUUCUACGACCCCACGUCGGCGCCGGGCCAGGGUUGGCUGUGGGAGUGGGAGAACGACGCGGGCUCCUGGACCCAGUACGACAUGGAGGUUGGCAUCGCCAUCCAGGAGGCCCGGGACCGCCAGCAGCCCUGGCUGGACCUUGCGCCGCUGGGCUUCUGCUACCUGGUGGACCUGCGGGGCAUGACCCAGAUCAACAGGCAGACCCAGAGACAACGCAGGAUACAGCGGAGGUCCGACAUGGCUUACCCACUGGUGUCCGGACCCGUACCCAGGAACGGAGGUGGAGGAUCGGGUCCGACGGGAGCAUUACUGGGUGUUGGGGUGUCGGGCAUCAACGGAGGCGUGGUGUACCCAAGCGGCGGGCUGGCGACCAUGCAGUCCCUCGCCGGGCAGCCGUGCACCUGCCAGCAGUGCAUGCUGGUCUUUAGUGUGAAGCAGAGUACUGUGAGGUCAUCGACGCACAAGUUGGGCCACCGGCCGAGUAAACCUCAGAGUAAACCUCCCAGCCCCAAAUCUGCCACCCUGGGGCGGGGCCAACUCAGGAGCUCCCCCGCUAGAUCUACCUACUCCAAAACCUUACCUCACGGACUCUCCAUAUCCCGGAACCAGUCCUCACCACGACGGAAUGCCGCCCUCUUCGCCCGCUCCCUCUCCCUCCUCAGUGCCCAAACGGGCACCCUCUCCCUCUCCAACCGACCCCCUCCUCCCUCCCUCCCGCCCCCUCAGCCGCCCUCCUCCAAUCAGGGCCGCCGUCUGUCCGCGCCGCCCUCUCCCUCCACACCGAGUCAACCGGUGCCCACUGCCACGCUCGUCACCCCGGCGACCACCGUGACGUCACCGCCCUCGCCCGUGCCGUCUCCGUCGCCGCGGCCCAUGGCGCCCCAGCGCUCGGCAGCGUGCUCUGCCCCCCUGCCCCAGCGGUCCAGUCUGGCUGGGCUCAGCCGGCCCGCCCUGCAGCGCAUCGCCAUGGCCCAGUCACGAGCCCUCAUCGCCUCUGGUGUGCCAACUGUCCCAGUGAAGAACCUCAAUGGAAACAGCCCGGUCCACCCAGCGCUGGCCGGUAUCACAGGGAUCCUGAUGAGCGCUGCGGGGUUCCCUGUGUGUCUCACCCGCCCCCCCAAACUGGUGCUGCACCCCCCGCCCGUCAGCAAGAGGGACAUCAAGCCUGUCCCCGGCCUGGCUCACUGCUGCCGCAAGACCUCUAAGAAACAGGCCCGCAAAGGGAAGACAACAGAGGAGGUGGUGAAGCAGUAUCUUCAGAAAGUCAGGAUACCACCAGAGGAGGACUGUACCAUAUGUAUGGAGGCCCUCGGGGGGCCGUCAGGCUACAAGGGUGGUGACUUCAUAGGUCGCCUGGCCCAGUGUGGGCAUCAGUACCACCUCCAGUGUCUGGUGGCCAUGUACAACAACGGCAACAAAGAUGGCAGCCUGCAGUGCCCUACCUGCAAAACCAUCUACGGCGUGAAGACGGGCAAUCAGCCGCCCGGCAAGAUGGAGUACCAUGUCAUCCCCCACUCGCUGCCCGGCCACCCCGACUGCAAGACCAUCCGCGUCAUCUACAACAUCCCGCCAGGCAUCCAGGGCCCAGAGCACCCCAACCCAGGCAAGCCCUUUACAGCCAGAGGGUUCCCCCGCCACUGCUACCUCCCAGACAGCGAGAAGGGACGCACGGUUCUCAGACUCCUGCUGACCGCGUGGGACCGGCGCCUGGUCUUCUCGGUGGGCACGUCCAGCACCACGGGCGAGUCGGACACGGUCAUCUGGAACGAGGUGCACCACAAGACUGAGUUCGGCUCCAACCUUACGGGCCACGGCUACCCCGACCCCAGCCACCUAGACAACGUCCUGGAUGAACUGAAAGCACAGGGCAUCACCGAGGAAGAGGAGCAAUGAUGGGAUGAAGAGGAGGAGGGAGGAGUCAGGACGAUUAAUUCAUUCAGACUCUACCAGCACUUAAAUGGUGUGGCGGUUUGGUGAAGAGGGGAAAGGUCAAAUUACAUUUUGUAAGAUUUUCUGAAGAUGCUGAUUGAUUGGAGGGUCCUAAGGGGUUUGAGAAAUUACACAAGCACACAGCAGAGUGUGAGGAUGUUUGUUUGAGUGACGGCACAGGAGAGAGAGGGAACGAGAGAGAGAAAUAGGCUCAGGCUUUGUUUAGUUUUGACUGUGGUCAAAAUGAUGACCACACUUCUAUAGUUAGGUACUAGCUAAAUAAAUGACAAAGAGUUGAGAGGCGGUACUAACUUAUUUACUAACUAAUUUACACUACUAAAAGAGAGAGAGAGAGAGAGAGAAAGGAUAGAAGAGAUCAGAGACUGUGGGAGAGAAAGGACAAAGAUUGAGAGAUGUGAAAGGGAGGGGGAGGGGACUAAAGAAGGGAGGAAGAGAAGGGAACGAGAGAGAGAGAAGAAGACAAGAGAACGUAGCUGCUAUAGAAUAGGAGUAGGGGACAUUCACUUAGAAAUGGUACUACUUUAGCACAGCCACAGGAAGAGAGUGAGAGAGAAACAAAAAGAGGGAGUGAGAGAG